ACACUUCUCCAGAAAAGGCUUCUUGGCUGCCAUUUGCCCAGAAAAUGAGACCUAGGUGGUCAUCCCCCAGGGAGGGCCUCACAGGCACUCCAUCCACAGGCACAGGCAGCAUCGAGAUCCCCGUGCUCUGUCUGCUGGUCAACGGCGACCCCAGCACCCUGGAGGUAGGGCAGGCCACCUGGGGGCUCCAGCAGGGCCCUCCCACCUGGAUGGGAGGAGGUGGGAGGGCUGGGACACCACUCAUGGACACAGCGCGGAACCCAGAGCUGAGUGGGCGUCCACUCUGUCCUCCCUGCCCCCACCCCCAGAGGAUAUCCAGGGCUGUGGAGCAGCACGCUGCCCCGUGGCUGAUCCUGGCGGGCUCGGGGGGCAUCGCCGAUGUGCUCGCUGCCCUGAUGAGCCAGCCCCACUUCCUGGUGCCCCAAGUGGCUGAAAGGCAGUUUAAAGAGAAGUUCCCCAGCCAGCACUUCUCCUGGGAGGACAUCAUGUACUGGACCCAGCUGCUGCAGAACAUCACCUCCUACCCACACCUGCUCACCGUACACGACUUCGAACAGGACAGCUCCGAGGAGCUGGAGGCCGUCAUCCUCAAGGCGCUGGUGAAAGCCUGCAAGAGCCACAGCCAGCGAGCACAGGACUACCUAGACGAGCUCAGGCUGGCCAUGGCCUGGGGCCGCGUGGACAUCGCCGAGAGUGAGAUCUUCGGCGGGGACGUGGAGUGGAAGGCCCAUGACCUGGAGGAGGUGCUGAUGGAUGCACUGGUGAGCAACAAGCCGGAGUUCGUGCGUCUCUUUGUGGACAACGGCGCCAACGUGGCGGCCUUCCUGACGUACCGGCGGCUGCAGCAGCUGUACCUCUCAACGACCCCCCAGGGCCUGCUCUUCGGGCUGCUGCAGCACAAACGCCAGGGGGGCCGGCUGGUGCUGGCCGGCCUGGCUACCCCACAGGCCCGGGAGCCACCCGCCUUCUCCCUGCUCGAGGUCUCCCGUGUGCUCAAGGACUUCCUGCAGGACGCCUGCCACGGGCUCUACCAGGCGGAGAGCGGGCCGGCCAAGCAGCCCGAGGGCCGGAGACAGCUGCUGGACCUGGACGAGAGGAGCGAGGCCCCCUGGAGGGACCUGUUCCUGUGGGCCGUGCUGCAGAGCCGCCAUGAGAUGGCCAGCUACUUCUGGGCCAUGGGCCAGGAGGGCGUGGCCGCCGCUCUGGCCGCCUGCAAGAUCCUCAAGGAGAUGUCCCACCUGGAGACGGCUGCCGAGAGGGGCCGCACGUGCGAGGCCAGAUAUGAGCAGCUGGCCCUCGACCUCUUCUCUGAGUGCUACAGCAACAGCGAAGACCACGCCUUCACCCUGCUGGUGCGCCGGAACCGCUGCUGGAGCAGGACCACCUGUCUGCACCUCGCCACCGAGGCGGACACCAAGGCCUUCUUUGCCCAUGAUGGGGUGCAGGCCUUCCUGACCAAGAUCUGGUGGGGGGACAUGGCCUCGGGCACACCCGUCCUGCGGCUGUUAGGCGCCUUCCUCUGCCCAGCCCUCAUCUACACCAACCUCAUCACCUUCAGUGAGGAGGGCCCACUGGGAACAGGCCCGGAUGACCUGCAGGAGCCGGACAGCCUGGGCACGGAGAGGAGCAAGCUGUGCAGCAGGGGCAGGUGGGAGGGCCCAGGGCUCUGGUGCCUGUGGCCCGGAGACUGGACUCCUGGGGGCAGAGGUGGGGCCCCGUGGGGCACCCGGCCACCCGCCUCACCACUGGCAUGGCCUCCCCCGCGGUACAGGGUGGAGAAGCUGGCCGAGGCACCCAGGGCUCAGGGCGGCAGAGGGCCGCAUGCCGCCUUCCUGCUCACACGCUGGCGGAAGUUCUGGGGCGCGCCUGUGACCGUGUUCCUGGGGAACGUGGUCAUGUACUUUGCGUUCCUCCUCCUGUUCGCCUACACCCUGCUGGUGGACUUCCGGCCGCCUCCCCAGGGGCCAUCAGGGCCCGAGGUCCUGCUCUCCUUCUGGGUCUUUACACUGGUGCUGGAGGAGAUCCGGCAGGGCUUCUUCACCGAUGAGGACACACACCUGCUGAAGAAGCUCACCCUCUACGUGGAGGACAACUGGAACAAAUGUGACAUGAUGGCCAUCUUCCUGUUCGCAGGAGGUGUCACCUGCAGGAUGCUGCCCUCGGCGUUCGAGGCCGGCCGCGCCAUCCUCGCGCUCGACUUCAUGGUGUUCACGCUGAGGCUCAUCCACAUCUUCGCCAUCCACAAGCAGCUGGGCCCCAAGAUCAUCGUCGUGGAGCGGAUGAUGAAGGACAUCUUCUUCUUCCUCUUCUUCCUGAGCGUGUGGCUCCUGGCCUACGGCGUGACCACGCAGGCGCUGCUGCACCCUCACGACAGCCGCCUGGAGUGGAUCUUCCGCCGCGUGCUCUACCGGCCCUACCUGCAGAUCUUCGGACAGAUCCCGCUGGACGAGAUUGACGAAGCCCGCGUGAACUGCUCCGCACAUCCUCUGCUGCUGGAGAACUCGCCCUCCUGCCCCAACCUCUACGCCAACUGGCUGGUCAUCCUCCUGCUGGUCACGUUCCUGCUGGUCACCAACGUGCUGCUCAUGAACCUGCUCAUCGCCAUGUUCAGCUACACGUUUCAGGUGGUGCAAGGCAACGCCGACACGUUCUGGAAGUUCCAGCGCUACCACCUCAUCGUGGAGUACCAGGAGCGCCCCUCCCUGGCACCCCCCUUCAUCCUCCUCAGCCACCUUAGCCUGGUGCUCAAGAGGGUCUUCCAGAAGGAGGCCAAGCAGAAGCAGGCACGCCUGGAGAAAGACCUGCCGGAACCCUUGGACCAGAAGAUGGUCACCUGGGAGGCAGUUCAGAAGGAGAACUACCUGGGCAAGCUGGAGAGGCAGAGGAAAGACAGCGGGGAGGAAGUGCUGCGGAAAACCGCCCACAGGUGCCGGGGUCUGCAGGCCCCUCCAAGGACCCCAGGGCUGAGUGCAGCGGCCCCUCCCUGGAGGGUGGGCUUCAUCGCCAAGUACCUCGGGGGGCUACGAGAGCACGAGAGGCGGGUGGAGCGCCUGGAAUCCCAGAUCGACUACUGCACGGUGCUCUUGACCUCCAUGGCAGACACACUGGCCCAGGGCAGCGCCUACUGGAGUGAGUACUCUUGGAACUUUGGUGGUGGGGACCUGAGAGCCUCUGCUGACCACGGAGGGGGCCUGGACAGCAAGGAGAACGAAGAGGCUGGCCAGCUGCCCUUGGACACCUAGGCCACCCAGACUGUCAGCCUGCGGGGCCCACCUCUCCCAGAGCCCCAGGCCCAGAUCGGGGUGGUGAGGUGGGGGAUGGCCCUUAGCUGCUCGCCCUGGGCCCCACAGCAAAUUAUCCCAACCUCUGGUGGCUCCUGUGACCGUGUCAAAAGAAACCAGUCCCUGCCCUGCUGGCACUGCCCAGGCCUGGGAGUGGAGCAGCUCGCCGUGGGCCCCCUCCCCCGGGGCCUCAGCCAGGACUGCGCGGCCAGCACUCCCUGAGCGCCUGGUCCGGGCACCGCCCAUCUGCGGGCAGCAGUCUUAGGGCCCGUCCCUGUCCCCUGCUGGGCCUGUGCUGCCUAAGAGACUGAUCUGUUUUGAAGUGAGUGGUUACAA